AUGGCUUCCUACAACAGUAAUGUACCGGUGGCUAGGCCAGCCCAGCAAGCCGUGUACGGCGCGCCGCCACCAAUGCAGAUGCAAGCGCCCUCCGCCCCGGCUGGUACCUUCACCCCGGGAACCAAAAUCCAGGUCGGCAACCACAGGGUGGUCAUCCAGAAGUACUUGUCGGAGGGCGGGUUUGCACAUGUUUACCUCGUCAAGAUGCCGCGGCCCAUCGAUGGAACCGACGAAGCAGUCCUGAAGAGAGUUGCUGUGCCGGACAAGGAGACUCUGCGUGGAAUGCGGACCGAGGUCGAGACGAUGAAGCGGCUGAAGGGGCACAAGCCCAUCGUCACCUAUAUCGACUCGCAUGCAUCGGAAAUGAAGGGUGGGGGUUACGAGGUCUUCCUGCUGAUGGAGUUCUGCAACGGGGGAGGCUUGAUUGACUUCAUGAACACACGAUUGCAGCACCGCCUGACCGAGCCCGAGAUCCUCAACAUCUUCUCUGACAUUGCCGAAGGCGUAGCCUGCAUGCACUAUCUCAAGCCGCCGCUGCUACACCGCGAUCUCAAAGUGGAAAACGUCCUGAUCACGAUGCAUGGCUCGAAGAGGAAGUUCAAACUUUGCGAUUUUGGCUCGGCAGCGCCGCCAAAACCCGCGCCCCAGACUGUCGUCGAAUGCCGGCUGAUGGACGAGGACGUUCAAAGACACACAACAAUGCAAUACAGGAGUCCGGAGAUGGUCGACGUAUACCGAAAACAGCCAAUAGACGAAAAGUCGGACAUUUGGGCUCUGGGUGUGCUCCUCUACAAGCUGUGCUACUACACGACCCCCUUCGAGGAUCAAGGGCAACUCGCAAUUUUGAACGCCAGCUAUAAAUUUCCCAGUUACCCUGUGUUCUCUGACAGGUUGAAACAGCUGAUCGCCUCCAUGCUACGAGAAAACUUGGCAUCUAGACCAAAUAUCUACCAAGCACUUCGAGAAAGUUGCCGGAUGCAAGGGCGUGAGGUACCGAUACAUGAUAUAUACUCCAAUCGCUCACAGCCUGGGUCACGGACGGGGGAGAACCAUGCUGUUGCCGAGCAGAAAACCAAAAGCAAACCGGCUGUCGGCGCUGUAUACUCUCCUCCCCCGCAACAGCAAAAUCAGGCGGCGCUUCCAGAAAUCAUGCCUAUGCGACGAGGCAGGCCAACUACUACAAGUCAGGCAGCUCCCUCACAGGCAGCGAGGCCGAGUCCGUCUCCGAUGAGGGUUACAAGUGGCGACCCUUUCGCUGCUCUGGACUCCAACGCCGCAGCAAAGGCGGCUGCAGAUGAGCUUUCUUCGAGGUUCCCAACUCUCGACCAGUUCGCUUUACUACAUGAUCAUGGUGCUAAAUUCGACUUCGAUAGCCCAACUUCGCCUCCCGCUUCUAGUGAAGUGCAGACACAGCCCAGUCAGCAGCAAGUCCCAGACAAGGUUGCCCAGGAUGCGUUUGCCAGACCGCAGGCCAAGCCAUCACCAGUUCCAGCAAUCCAAAGACAGUCAACAGAUUUCAGUCGCGUCAAUCCUGUAGUGACGACGACUGAACCUCAAAGACCCUCCCCAUCACCCGCGCCAGUUCAAGCGCCUGCCUCUGCGCCUCCCACGUCAGAGAUGAGCCGCGCUUCGGCUAUCAUCUUUAGUAAUCCUGAGCUGCAGGCCAUCGCGUCCCCUCCGCCUCAAGCUCGACCGGAACCUCCCAGCAGACCAUCCAUGGUCUCGACUGGCACCAUGACAAGUACACCUCCUCCGGAAGGGCAGCCUCGUGAAUACCCCCCUAUACAUCGGUUCCCUCCAGCUAAACAACACCGUUCGACGAGCUUACCGAGACAACAACGACCAGAGCCAACUCAGGCGCCUCGGCCUUCGCCCGGUCCACGGUUACCAUCCAUGCAAUCUCCCUCUGUCCACGGCAGGCAACCUUCUACUGCACGGCCAUCUCUCGAAGGGGGUCGCCCAAGUCUCGAAUAUCUAGAGCCUUUGGCCAAUGUGGAUUAUCUGCGCGAGCGGGAAGCAGCUCCUAGACCAAUACGUUCCGGUCACCCAUCGCCCAAUCUAUCUGCCAAAGUGCCAUCUCCAAUGAUUGACCCGCAGGAUGAGCCUGCGAUUGAAUCCAAUGUGGAUUUCCUCCGGUCAAUGGAGGACUCUGAGGCGAAGAAGAAGGAGAAGGGUCCCAAGAAUCAUACGAAACGCUCUAGUCUUGGAUCGUUAUCUGGCACCAAGAACAUCCUAGCUGGAAGGUUUGGCGAUGCCUUCAAGCGGUUUGAGGGAAACACUUCGAACGUACCUGCGAGAACGCCAUCUCCCCUCAAGGAUAUGGGCCGCCGUGAUCUGACUCCAAUUGCUGGGUCCGAGGCAACUGACGGCCGAAGUGACGAUGGCAACUUUCUUGGAGAACCUGAGUUGACCCCAGAGAUGCGACGAGAGCUUGAGGCCCAAAGUCUUGCGGAAGAAGAACGGAGGGUAGAGGCAGCUGCGGCAGAAUACCGGCAACGCAUGGCAGAGCGGGAGGCUGGGGGCUCAGCUGCGUUACCCAAGAGUAUUGGCGGUGUAUCCCGAGCCGUGAGCAUACAGAAUCGGGUGCAGAACCUGCUCGACGAGUCCCAAAAGUCGGCCCAACAGGUUCAGCGCACGGCGUCAGGAUACGGCAAGUUCUCGGAUGAUGCAGCCGCCAAGAAGCCCGUAGAAAAACAACUGCCAGAGCUCCCUCGCAAACCCGUCGGGCCCGGGCGUGUACCACCACUGAAACCUGCCACCAGCUCGUCUGAGGCACUGACGCGAGUGCGACCUGCCAAUCAAGUGCCCGGCUCACCCAGCCGGUCGAUGGCCUCUCCGAGGCCAAACCCGGGCCCCAAGCCACUGCACCUGAACAGUAUCCCAACUGGUGGGAGGCCAAGGUCACCGCCGAAGCAAAAACAGCUGACGGUCCAGCAGGGUUCCUCCGAGCAGCUCGUUGGAGUGGGAAUGCCGGGUCGGCCAACGAUCGACAUGAGCUUCCAAGAGAAGGAGGAUUACAUCAAAGAUUUCAGUAAGAGGUUUCCGAGCCUCAGCUCCAUAGAGAUGGUCGAACGAGACAUAGACGCCGAAGCCGAUAGGCAAGGGGGCCGCUAG